CCAUCGGUAACUAGCGGUCCCAAUCUAAUUAGGAACUUGCCAUAAUGAUCAUAUUCCGAGCUCAACAACAACGUGGUGCAGUGCAGCCGCUCAAGUAUAUGGAAAUCUGGAGCAGGGGAUCAGUAAUAUUUUAUUAGUUAUUGAAGUGGGUAAAAAAAUCGGUGGGCAAUAAUGGCAGCGAAGAUGCAGCAAUUCGAGCCACCCAGCUCCGCCAGUUCUGAAAGUGAUGGGGACCUAUGUCUUGAGGAUCGCAGCGCAUUUCUAGUGGAGGCUGCCAGUCAAGAUGGUGAACAAUGCCGGUGUGAUUUGUCCACACCAACUCCACAAUCUCCCAGGCCACCUUCACAAGGUUCCCAAAAGUCUCCUAGAUCCCGGAGACAACGAACGACGAGUAUGUCACAGUCGAGCAAAAAGACUUCGGCUGAGUCGAUUCUGAGAAGUAAAUCAAGAACUAUAUACACUGCUGGAAGACCUCCCUGGUAUAACUCAGCAGGACAACAGGUCGAACCAUUCGUUAUUGGAAUCUGUGGAGGGAGUGCCUCUGGAAAAACCACAGUGGCGACCAAAAUCAUUGAAUCUCUGGAUGUACCUUGGGUGACUUUGUUGAGCAUGGAUUCGUUUUACAAAGUACUUAAUGAAAAACAACACGAAUUGGCAGCUCGCAAUGAAUACAAUUUUGAUCACCCUGAUGCAUUCGACUUUGAAUUAUUGAAAACGACUUUACAGAGACUAAAAGAAGGAAGAAAGGCUGAUGUUCCUAUUUAUAAUUUCGUAACCCACAGCCGGGAAAAUCGAACGAAACCAAUGUAUGGUGCUAAUGUGAUAAUUUUCGAGGGGAUUCUCACGUUCUACAACUCAGAAGUAUUGAAGAUGUGUGACAUGAAAGUAUUUGUAGAUACAGAUGCAGAUGUGAGGCUCGCCCGUCGUCUGAAGCGAGAUAUUUCACAGAGAGGGAGAGACCUGGAGGGUGUCCUCAAGCAGUACUGCACUAUGGUAAAACCAUCAUAUUAUUAUUACAUCGCACCCUCUAUGGUUCACGCGGAUAUCAUCGUUCCUCGUGGAGGGGACAAUGAGGUGGCCAUCGAACUCAUUGUGCAACACGUUCACACACAACUACAAUUGAGGGGCUUCAAAUUACGAGAGAAACUCGCUCACUCUUACAUCGGUCAACCCCUGCCCUCGUCCCUCUUCAUGUUACCAGAUACACCUCAAGUUAAAGGACUGCAUACGUUCAUUCGCAACAAACACACAGAUAGAGACGAGUUCAUAUUCUACUCCCGUCGUCUCAUACGACUUGUAAUUGAAUAUGCCCUAUCACUACUGCCUUUUGAGGAGAUAACUGUGGAAACACCGCAAGGUGUUCCCUACCAUGGGAAACGCGGUGCAACUGAUAAGAUAUGUGGGGUCUCGAUAUUGCGAGCUGGAGAGACUAUGGAGCAGGCUCUUUGUGAUGUAUGCAAGGAUAUCAGAAUUGGAAAGAUUCUCAUCCAGACGAAUCUCAUCACUGAUGAGCCUGAGCUAUACUAUCAACGUCUUCCAAAGGAUAUCAAGGACUACAGAGUCAUUUUAAUGGACGCAACAGUGGCUACAGGAGCAGCAGCAAUGAUGGCGAUAAGAGUUCUCCUAGAUCACGAUGUUGCCGAGGAGAAUAUUCUUGUGGUUUCUCUUUUGAUGGCAGAGUCAGGUGUUCACUCGAUCGCUUACGCCUUUCCCAGUGUUAAAAUUGUGACUUCAGCCCUAGAUCCUGAAAUUAACGAGAAGUUCUACGUUCUGCCUGGUAUUGGGAAUUUUGGAGACAGAUAUUUCGGUACAGAACCCUCCAACUUCGAUGAAUUUGAAUGAUUUUUCAUCAAUUUAUGUAAAUAUUGAGGACAAAGAGGAGGAAAAGAGAUUUCUACAGAUGUAUUAAGGUAUCAAUUGAACAUUUUCAAUAUAUAUGGCAAGAUGAAAUUAAUAAAUUAAUGACAACAGAAAGAAA